AUGAUUUCAGCCUUCUUCAUAUUCAGUCAAAAGGGCGAGGUUUUGAUCUCUAGACUUUAUCGGACAGACUUCAAACGAUCAAUAGCGGACGUGUUUCGGAUACAGGUCAUAUCCAACAGCGACGUACGGUCCCCCAUCAUAACACUCGGCUCUACGAGCUUCUUCCAUGUCAGAAUCAACAACCUUUACGUCGUGGCCGUGACAAAGAAUAACGCUAAUGCCGCCUUAAUCUUCGAGUAUUGCUAUCGGUUCAUAAAUAUCUGCAAAUCGUAUUUCGGCAAGAUCGAUGAAGAGUCAAUAAAGAACAAUUUCGUGCUGAUAUAUGAGCUUAUUGAUGAGACCAUUGAUUUUGGAUACCCCCAAAACAGCGAAAUCGACACACUGAAGACGUAUAUUACCACUGAGAGCAUCACAUCGGCAGCUAUUGCACCAGAAGAGUCCUCGAAAAUCACUAGCCAAGCAACGGGUGCCACGAGCUGGCGGCGUGGUGAUGUCAAGUACAAGAAGAACGAGGCGUUUGUAGAUGUCAUCGAGACGGUCAAUCUUAGUAUGAGUGCCAAAGGAACUGUACUUCGUGCCGAUGUUGAUGGGCAUAUACAAAUGCGAGCAUACCUUUCCGGGACUCCAGAAUGCAAGUUUGGCCUCAAUGACAAGCUCGUAAUCGACAAGAAUGAACGCGGCAUAAGUGACGCAGUCGAACUGGACGACUGUAGAUUCCACCAAUGCGUACGUCUAGACGAGUUCGAUGCCACGCGCACGAUCAGCUUUAUUCCUCCGGAUGGCGAGUUCGAGCUCAUGAGAUAUCGAUCGACCUCCAAUAUAAAGCUUCCCCUAAGAAUCAUCCCUACCGUCACGGAAAUAGGCACCACGCAGGUGUCGUAUGCUGUCACGAUCAAGACCAACUUCAAUAAUAAGCUAUCAGCAACCAACGUGGUUUUGCGAAUACCAACGCCCCUGAACACGACUGCAGUUGAUUGCAAGGUUGGAUCUGGCAAGGCUAAAUAUGUACCAGGAGAGAACGUGGUGGUCUGGAAGGUUCCGCGCAUCCAAGGUGGCCAAGAAUGCACACUCUCCGCCACCGCUGAAUUGACGAGUACGACUCAUCGACAAGUCUGGGCACGACCGCCAAUAGAUGUUGAUUUUCAAGUGUUGAUGUUUACCGCGUCGGGCUUGAUUGUCAGGUUCCUCAAGGUCUUUGAAAAGAGCAACUACCACAGCAUCAAAUGGGUGCGCUACUUGACCAAAGCCAGUGGUUCGUACCAAAUUAGGAUAUGGAAGAGCGUCUUAGACGCAUUUGGGUUCAACAAUGCAUCCUCAAUAGACAGCCUCCUAGAUAAGGAGGAGGUUUCCCUCGAGGCCAUACUAGACGAAGACGAACUCUUGCAAGAAUGCAAGGCCCAGAACACCAGGCUUAUCGAUUAUUUUCAACGAGUCGACGUGCUACAGAAGCUACUCGGCUAUGUGACUGGGCAGAUCGAGGGGGAAGAAAAGGGACGUUUCAAAUACCCAUAUGUUGCGACAGAGGUGCUUUGUAGCGAGAUAUGGUCAAUAGUGGAGACCUGCGUCGGUCAUCAAGACCAACUACUCGUGCCAUUCUGGGAGACGGUCCUGGACAGAUCACCAGAAGAUAUGAAGACACAAGUAGCAACGGCAUCUCACUUUGCCAAGGUGAACGCUGUGUUCCUCAAUAAAAAGCCGACCGAGAUGCUCGCAUUCAUUAAAGCACAACCCUCAGUGGUCGAGCGAAUAUUGCGGCAUGUCGAGACACCUUCGUUCGUCGACCUCCUCGUCCGAAUCAUCCAACUAGAUGAGCGCUGCACCGGAGUCCUAGAAUGGCUUUCCUCGGAGUACCUCAUGGGUCGAUUGAUUGAGCUGCUCUCACCCGCACAUUCGAGUGAUGUGCAUACAGUGGUCGCGGAGCUCAUAAAAGGCAUCAUAUCCAUGGCGACUCCAUCCCCCGGCGCAGGCCUUACCGAAGGCCUUCAAAAUGGGCCCGCUUCAAAUAGAUUUGCUCGGGAGCUAGCUCACAAGGAUAGCAUCACAAAAUUGGUCGGGUAUAUGCUGCAUGACUUCGGGCCCGACGAGGAGGUUGGCGAGGAUGGUCCCGACGAGAGUGAUACCGCCUCUAUCACAUCCGCGCCGUCCAAGACGCCGAACUUGCAAACAUCCACAUCCUCGGUCGUCAAUUCCAUCUCCAUCGUCAUUGAGCUAAUUCGCAAGAACAACUCAGAUUACUUCGAGCCAUUCUUGUUCCACACUCUCCGAAACAGGCUGAUCCAGGUUCAACAACAGAUGGACGCUCCUGGUGACGAUAGUCGGAUGACCCUUGAGCAGGCCAUGAAGGAGAUGGUUGACCGCAUGGGAGUCGUGCACUUAGGCCCGGUGUUGGAUAUUCUUGGUGAGCAGCUAGGCAAGCUUCAAGAAUUCCUUCGCAAGCCGCGAUCCUUAGUAAGUGCCGUGUCAUUUCACUUAACGAAGGAAGUGCAUACCACGGCUGGCAAACUUACACCCUUGACAUUCGAGCGGUAUCGCAUAUGCGAACUCUUCGCUGAGCUCCUGCAUUGUUCAAACAUGUCACUUCUAAAUCGAUCACCCCAGUUUGACUAUCUUUACGACAACGAAGGGCGACUCCAGGGAGGACUUUCCGGUCUGGAAGAGCUCUCCAAAGUUAUUGCUGCCAAUAGUAACGAUGAACGCGACCCCGAUGUCAUGGACCAGGCCAACGAUGAGAUAGAGCCAGCGCUAGAACUGCCCGUGACUUCGGGAUCACAUUCCCCAUCAUCUAUAGACUCUGAUGAAGAUAUGAGCGACGAUGAGCCCGGUAGCUCGGAUGACGACGCGAUGGAAGACAUCGCCAUGUACGACGAGCCGCUAUCUGUACAAUCACCAACAUCAAACGAGCUAGUCCUAGAACCGCCACCGAUGAUUGUUCCUUCCUCCCCAAAUGCCGCUUCACUCCCUCCACCAGCUGAGAUAGCUGCUCAAGGGGCUGCGCUUUCCCGAGCAGCUUCUUUCGGCUCAAAUUCAGACACUUCAGAUUCGCCCACUGUCGCCCCACGUUCGCAUGGUUCCCGCCGAAGCUCAAGACGAACCACCAUGAUGGACAGCACAACAUUCACGCCCGUUCCUGUUGGAGAGCAGUUGAAGCGCCGCUAUCUCGAUAUCGGAAUAUUAUCAACGCUUCUAGACUUGUUCUUUGAUUUCCCGUGGAAUAACUUCUUACAUAGCGCCGUCUACGACCUAGUCCACCAAAUAUUAACGGGGAAUGUUGACCGAGGACUCAAUCGCGAGCUCGCGGUUUCACUGUUUAGGGAUGCUCGGUUAAUGCAUCGGAUAGUUGAAGGGCAGAAGCGAAAUGACCUAGAGUGCUCUAAACCUAAAGGAGUGCGGCUCGGAUAUAUGGGCCACCUCACAUUAAUAGCGGCUGAUGUUAUCACUGCCUUGGAACGUUUCCCUCCAGAAUUACAGCUCACCAUUGUCGAGUACGCGCCUCAGACAUGGGACGACUACGUCACGGGACGAUAUAACGAAGCUAAAAUGAAUGAUACCCGUUUACUAGGUGGCGGGAAGCCCGUCGUAACUGCGGGGAUGAACAGGGGCAGCGCCCAGUGGAAGGUUGAUGAAGCCGACGCUUCUGCGACCACGGCGCCCGCCCUCGAAACGAACGGUAACGCCUCAAGCCAAGAAACACAGGGCGAAUUCCGGCGCGCGAGUGGUUCGCGACUAACACGAGAGAGUAGCGCCGAUUUCGGGCCUCCCGAUGGCAAUGAUGAUGACAGGUCAUCACAGUUUGCUAGUUUUGACCUCCACUCCGCAAGUAAUUACGGGUCAUCGGAGUCAGACGACGAGGAUGAAGACGGCGGGUGGCUGACCCAUUCAGACUUCUCUCUUGGCAAUCCUCCAGUGACCGCAAGGCAUCAGAGCUCCGAGCGCAGACCGCUUAGCGGGUUUGACGACGUCUUCGACCCCCACAAUUCUUCCGAUGACCCAUUCAGCUCGGUCGACGAUGAUGACGGCUUCGGACCCUUCUCAGAGUCGUCGUCAAUAAGCGGAUCUGAUCCAUUUACCUUUACUUCUUCCUUCUCAGAUGAGAUGGAGGACUCGACAUUCGAAGGGUUUGGCGAAUUUGGCGAAUUCCAGAGCAACAGCGGUGAACUCACACCCACUGGGGGUAGCUGGACUUUCGCGAGUGAUUCGAGUAUAUCCGAGGGGUCUGAAGAUGCGGGUUCAGUCCAUUCACCGCGGAGCCAAGACGCAGAAGAUACCACAGAGGCUGCGACACGACAAUCAACGCCUUCGAAACCCUCGACUCGGUGA